AUGCCACCUGGAGGUGAGGAGACCACAACCGGGGAUCCUGUAGAAGACGAUGAUCUGGAGUUGCCGUACUUGUACGAUGGUCGAAGUCGUGAGGCACAGGAUUUUCACGAUCUUCUUGCUGAUGGAGCGGAGGAAUUAUACCCCGGCUGCUUGAAAUACUCAAAGUUGUCUUUUCUGGUGAAACUUUAUCACAUUAAGUGUAUGUGCGGGGUGAGUGACAAGGCUAUGGCGAUGAUCUUGGACUUAUUGCGGGAUGCAUUCGAGCAAGCCAAACUCCCAUCAACUUUCUAUGAAGCGAAGAAAACUAUACGAAAGUUGGGGAUUGAAUAUAAAAAGGUUGAUGCAUGCCCGAACGAUUGCAUGUUGUAUCGGGGUGAUGAUGAAGACGCGACCAAAUGCAAGCAGUGUGGGACUUCACGAUGGAAGCAAAAAAUACGAAAGGGUUCCGUUACGAAACUCAAAAUACCAGUCAGGAAGAACGGAAAGCCUCUCCCAGCAAAAACUCUCCGUUACUUUCCACUUAUACCACGACUGCAACGGUUAUUCAUGUGUAGCAAGACUUCAACUGACAUGGUAUGGCAUAAAGAGUCUGACAAUAAUGAUGGGUACUUGAGGCAUCCAAGGGACGCUGAAGCAUGGAAAGAAUUUGAUGCAAAGUAUCAAUGUUUUUCCAACGAUCCGCGAAAUGUUCGUUUAGCUUUAGCUAGUGACGGAUUUAAUCCUUUUGGCAAUAUGAGUACGAAGUAUUCCAUUUGGCCAGUGAUCCUUAUUCCGUACAAUCUUCCUCCUUGGCUUUGCAUGAAACAAACAUCUUUUAUCCUAUCUAUGAUUAUUCCUGGUCCUAAAAUGCCGGGUAAUGACAUAGAUGUAUAUUUGGAGCCCUUGGUGGAUGAGUUGAAGCAAUUGUGGGAUGGUGUUAAAACUUAUGAUGCUAAUAAAAGGACCACUUUCAAUAUGCGUGCGGCGCUAAUGUGGACUAUUAGUGAUUUUCCGGGGUUGGAAAAUUUAUCGGGAUGGAACACGUACAGUGGGUUAGCAUGUCCGAACUGUAAUGUGGACGCUAAGCCUCAGCGGCUAACAUUCAGUCGAAAAUGGUGUUACAUGGGACAUCGCCGCUUCUUGCCUCAGAGCCAUAAGUAUAGACUAGACCGUAGUCGAUUUGACGGACAAGCUGAAAGCAGGAAUCCACCGAAGAAGUAUUCUGGAAUAGAUAUCUUACAACAGCAGUGUAACAUGCAAGUAACGUUUGGGAAGAACUCAACUCUGACAGCCAAAAGAAGACGCAUUAGUGAAGAUGCAGAUCAAGAUGACUCGUACUAG